UUUUCAAGGAGAUCCCUGGCCGGGUGUGCUGGCUCACGCCUGUAAUCCCAACACUUCGGGAGGCCGAGGUGGGCGGAUCACCUGAGGUCAGGAAUUUUGAGACCAGCUUGACUAAUGUGGUGAAACCCCCAUCUCUACUAAAAAUACAAAAAUCAGUUGGGCGUGGUGGUGUGUGCCUGUAGUCCCAGCUACUUGGGAAGCUGAGGCAGGAGAAUCUCUUGAACCCGGAAGGUGGAGGUUUCAGUGAGCCGAGAUCCCGCCAUUGCACUCCAGCCUAGGCGACAGAGCGAGACUGUCUCAAAAAAAAAAAAAAAAAAAGGAAAAGAAAAUCCCUUCAGGGGAUUUGAGUCCAGGGGUUGGCCAGACCCCACUGUGAGAACCGCGCCUGGGGCAGGGGUGUGGGAUCUGGAGUUGCCGAGGGUGCAGGGGCUCUACACAUUCACUUUCUCCCUUUCCUGGACGCCCUGCUGAAGCUGGCUGCCCCUGGGAGCUGAGCCCGGGGGCAACAGCUUGGCAGGGAGACAGCGUUCCCUGUGGGGAGCCCAGCCUGGGCACAGGCCUGGCCAUGGGACCUGUGGGACCCGUUUUGUUCCUGGGGCUUGAGGGCAGGCCAUGGUGGUGCUCAGGGCCAAGGUGCCCAGCCCAGGGCUGGUAGGGGGGCUGGCCUUGCAGGGGGGCUGGCUGGUCCCAGGCCCCUGUCCAGGCUGAGGGUUGGAGCCUCCCUCUUUCCCAGGCACCUUCCCUCCCCCAGGAGGAAGCUCCCCCUCUGCCUCAGGCGUUUGUCCAUUGAUUUGGACACAAAUGCAUGGUUCACCUUCCUGUGGAAAAAUCUGGCCCUCGGACUUUAUCUGGAGGGUGCGGUGGCCGAGGCACCUUGCCUUGGGUGGGACCUUCCCCCUCUGCUAUUUCAGGCUCUGGGGGCUGCAGGAAGCCCUAGGAGGGGCUUCCUUUGGGUGUAUUUUUAGAGGAACAAAGGGUGGCCUGAGUGGCAGGUCCCUUUGUGCAUGAGUCUGGCUGGGGACAGGGGCUCCAGAAGGUCAGGGGGCACCCAAGGAACAGGGUCUCCCCUUCUCUCUUCUGGCAUCGAGACCUGAGGUUUCUUUUUCUUUUUCCUUUUUGGCUCACUACAACUUCCGCCGUCUGGGUUCAAGCGAUUCUCCUGCCUCACCCUCCCCAGUAGCUGGGAUUACAGGCGCGCACCACCACACCUGACUAAUUUUUGUGUUUUUAGUAGAGACAUGGUUUCACCAUGUUGCUCAAGCUGGUCUCGAACUCCUGAUCUCAGGUGAUCUGCCCUCCUCAGCCUCCCAAAGUUCUGGGAUUACAGGUGUGAGCCACUGUACCCGGCCCCCGAGAUAUCUGAGGUUUCAUUUCUUUCUUUCUUUCUUUUUUUUUUUUUGAGAUGGAGUUUCACUCUGUUGCCCAGGCUGGAGUGCUGUGGUGCGAUCUCGGCUCACUGAAAUCUCCUCCUGGGUUCAAGCAAUUCUUAUGCCUCAGCCUCCCGAGUAGCUGGGAUUACAGGCGUGCGCCACCACACCUGGCUAAUUUUUGUGUUUUUAGUAGAGACAGGGUUUCGCCAUGUUGGCCAGGCUGGCCUCGAACUCUUGGGCUCAAGUGAUCCACCUGCCUCAGCCUCCCAAAGUGCUGGGAGUACAGGCGUGAGCCCCUGUGCCUGGCUCGAGACCUGAGGUUUCUUCACCUGAGCUCCCAGCAUGGGCAGGAAGAGUUGGGCCUCACCUGACCUCCACAGAGCAGGCUCAGAUCCUGCCCUUCUCAGCCUGGGUUCAGGGCAUGCCUCAGAUGGUCAGGGAGCCCAGGAGGGCAAAGCUUACCUUGCAGGGAUGGCUGCAGUGGGGGUGCUGGUGGCAGAGAGGCAGAGCCCUUGGAGGGAUGUGUGUAGUUUGUCUUUGGUGAAGGAUGGAGAGGGCCCAACUUUGGGUGCCCCCUGGGAGCUAAGGGUGGUUCUCGGUGUCCUCUGCCCUGGCUGCGGAUAGGGGAGGUGGGCAGGGGAGGACACUGAUGUGGUUGGCCCCUCCUUUUGGGGGCCGUGAAGGCCCAGUUAGUGAUGACUCAGCCCUGGGCCACACCAGGCUGGGGGUGGCCGCAGCUGCAGCGCAGCUGAUCCUAGUAGUGACGACAGGGGAUAGCCCCCAAACAGAGACGGGGUGGCCAGCGGUGCCAGGCCCUGGAGGUGGUGGCAGACCCUGAGCCCUCUGCCCCCUGCCCCUAGCCCAUGUCUCCACCCCUGUCUGGAGGGCCUUGGGGGCUAAGAGCAGGUGAGGGGUGACAGUUCUGCGGGAGGCGGCUGUGUGGUUGGGGCGCGGUGCCUGCGGGGGCUUCCGGGCUCCCCUGGCUCUUCUCCUCUGGAGCCUCAGCAGGACUGUCCUGUGUUCUGGGGCCGGGACUCCUCCCUGUCCCCUCAGCCCUGGGUCCUGGGGCAGGGCAGGGCCUUCCAGCAGCUUCCUUCCUUCCUUUCUUGGGACGGAAACCUAGCUGGGUGGGGGGCGCCGGGCUGGAGCCUUCGCAGGGGAGUGGGCUCAGUCAUCACCCUGCUCCCCAGAGUGACUCAGCCCCCACGUCCCCACCCAUCCCCGGGGAGCCAGGGCCGCAGAGGGAGGUAGAUAAGUGGGGUGGCAGCCUGGGUUGGCCAGAGAGUUCAGGCCACCCCAGCCGGACGCCUGCCACUCACUGCCGCUGUGCCGCUGUCAUGGCGCGCUCCGGGAGUGCCAUGCCACCUGCCAGGGCUCCGGGAGCCCCUCCACGGAGCCCACCCCAGAGGCUGAUACAGGAUGUCAGGGGGCCCCUGAGGGAGCUGCGCCCUCGGCUCUGCCACCUGCGAAAGGGACCUCAGGGCUAUGGGUUCAACCUGCAUAGCGACAAGUCCCGGCCCGGCCAGUACAUCCGCUCCGUGGACCCGGGCUCACCUGCCGCCCGCUCUGGCCUCCGCGCCCAGGACCGGCUCAUUGAGGUGAACGGGCAGAAUGUGGAGGGACUGCGCCACGCUGAGGUGGUGGCCAGCAUCAAGGCACGGGAGGACGAGGCCCGGCUGCUGGUGGUGGACCCCGAGACAGAUGAGCACUUCAAGCGGCUUCGGGUCAUACCCACCGAGGAGCACGUGGAAGGUCCUCUGCCGUCACCCGUCACCAAUGGAACCAGCCCUGCCCAGCUCAAUGGUGGCUCUGCGUGCUCGUCCCGAAGUGACCUGCCUGGUUCCGACAAGGACACUGAGGAUGGCAGUGCCUGGAAGCGAGAUCCCUUCCAGGAGAGCGGCCUCCACCUGAGCCCCACGGCGGCCGAGGCCAAGGAGAAGGCUCGGGCCACACGAGUCAACAAGCGCGCGCCGCAGAUGGACUGGAACAGGAAGCGUGAGAUCUUCAGCAACUUCUGAGCCCCUCCUGCCUGUCUCGGGGCCCUGGGACCCCUCCCGCACGGACCUUGGGCCUCAGCCUGCCUCGAGCUCCCCCAGCCUCAGUGGACUGGAGGGUGGUCCUGCCAUUGCCCAGAAAUCAGCCCCAGCCCCAGCCCCCGUGAGCCCCCAUCCUGCCCCUGCCCGCCAGGUACUGGGGGCCUGUGGCAGCAAGAUGGGGGGAGAGAGACCCAGAGAUGUGAGAGAGAGAGGCAGACACAGAGACACACACAGAGAGAGACAGAGAGAGAGAUGGAGCGACGGCUGCGGGGUGAGGGCCUUUGCUGCUCUGCUGGGGCCUGCUGACUGAAAGGAAUUUGUGUUUUUGCUUUUUUUCCAAAAAGAUCUCCAGCUCCACACAUGUUUCCACUUAAUACCAGAGCCCCCCCCACCCCACCCCCACUUCCCCUCCCCCUUGGGACGCGCUCUAAAUAAUUGCAAUAAAACAAACCUUUCUCUGCAAACCAUUUCCUCCCCGCCCCCUCCCCUCAGCAGCGGCUGUCCUGAGUGGGAGUCCCUGGGACUUCCCAGUGGCCAAGCUGGGGCCCCCAGCCUUUCGUGGGGACCUCGGGUAAGGCCAGGGAGGCCUGAUGUGGCCAUAAGAGCUGCCCCUCCCCACCCAGCUACCCUGUGUGCCUGUGCCCUGCUGGGAGUCUGAAGCGCAGGGCCUGGGCUCUCCGAGGGGCAUGAGAAUGGAGGCCCCCUGUCCCCAAGGAGGGUGGCCUCUGGACAGGCCCCUCAUUCCGCACGGCAGCUCCCAGGCCUGGGGAACAUAGGUGUGUGAGAGCGGCACCUGGGAAGGACUCCUGGCCUCUGGCUCAGCCCUGCCUGGCGGGCUCCCCCGUGGACACCUGUUGACUUUGCACUUCCCUCCUGGGCCCCGCAUCCCUGAACCGACCACGGAUCGACCGGCACUGCUGCUGCCUCGUAAGCCAUAGCGCAUGUGCGCGCUCAGAAUAAACAGGCCCUGCCUGGGA